CCUAGGUCACGUGACUCGGGGAAGAUGGCCGCGCUGACGGCGGAGGUCUUUGCAGCUCUCCAGAGCCUGCUGAAGGCCUCCUCGAAAGAUGUUGUCAGACAGCUGUGCCAAGAGAGCUUUUCCAGUUCAGCCCUUGGCUCGAAAAAGCUCUUGGAUGUUACGUGUUCCAGCUUGUCUGUGACCCAGGAGGAGGCAGAACAACUGCUCCAGGCUCUGCACCGCCUCACCAGGCUAGUGGUGUUCCGUGACCUGUCCUCCGCCGAGGCGAUUCUGGCACUCUUUCCUGAAAAUUUCCACCAAAACCUCAAAAACCUGCUGACAAAAAUCAUCCUAGAACACGUAUCUACUUGGAGAGCUGAAGCCCAAACAAAUCAGAUCUCUCUGCCGCGCCUGGUCGACCUGGACUGGAGGGUGGACAUCAGAACCUCCUCAGACAGCAUCAGCCGCAUGGCCGUCCCGACCUGCCUGCUCCAGAUGAAGAUCCAGGAAGAUGCCAGUCUGUGUGGGGAGCAGCCCUCCAUGUCAGCUGUCACCGUGGAGCUGAGUAAGGAGACCCUGGACACGAUGUUAGACGGGCUGGGCCGCAUCCGGGACCAGCUCUCCGCUGUGGCCAGCAAGUGACGCGGCCAGCCGGCCCCUAGCACACGCCGCUGUCCUCGCAGCAGGCAGCGGUGGGGACGUGGGGGCUGCCAUCCAGCCCAGGCGCGGUUGGACCAGGCGGAAGCAGCCAGGCCCGCGCGCUGCUUUUUCCUCUUUCCGAAGUUGGAGCAGAAGCUGCUGUCUCGCGAGGCUCCUGUGUGGGACUUCAUGACCCCGGUGGCAGCAGGAGGGAGCGUUUGCUUGGUCAGCCGCCUCCGCCUGGCUGAUUGGAAAAUUCAGGCCCAAAUUGUGGCGCUCGUCUUAAUAAGUUCCUUUCACUCUGAUGAGCCCAUUUCCAGCUCUGGAAUGCACGCAGGGAGUCGGGUGGGUGACACCAGCAGUUCUGCUUCUCUGUCACAGAAGCCAGGCGGAUCCCACAGGGCAGGGCCCCCUCUGCGUGCCUGCCUGCCCCGAGUCCGGAGCCUUCCCGAGCUCCCUCAGCCCUGCUGGACCACCUGGCAGCGUAGGAAGUCUGAAAUGGGAACUCACUUCCUUCUCCAUAGAACCAGAGGCCCCUUCCUUGAUGUAAUGCAGCCACUCAGGGUGAAGAAGUAGGAGUGAUUGGAAAUAAAUAACAGUUCUAAAAACUUCA